AUUCCCCUCUCCUCCCAGCCCAGGAGCUACAGGAAGAUGAUGUGCCUGCCCGCUUCCCCACCGGCCCUGGCGUUGAGGACGUGGCUGGGGCUCGGGCUCUUCGUGCUGCUCUGCCUCGGCACAGGCCAAGCGCUGGAGAAGAAAGUAGUCAAAAGCAAAGUGGGGGAAAAGGUCAGGCUGCCUUGUUGUCAUGAAAUCCCCAGAUCCGAAGGCCUACGCGAGUACCGUGUCUACUGGCAGAAGAACAUUACGGACGUGGUGCUGGCCUACUCAGAGGGCGAAAUGAUCCGCAGGCACGAGCGCUACCGGAACCGGACGGAGAUGGACCCCUGGAACCUCACCCUGUGGAUCUCCCCCGUGGAAAUCCUGGACAACGGCUCUUACCAGUGCGUGGUUCAGCGCAACUCCGUUGUUGUGUGUGGCGAGUCUGUCAUCCUCUUUGUGACAGCUGACUUCAGCAAGCCCAAUGUAACGGCAGAAGUGUCCGCUGAGUCUUGCGAGUUGACUGAGAUGGUGAUAACGUGUUCUUCUCACGGAGGUUUCCCCAGGCCCAGAAUCUCUGGAGCCCUCAACAACGUGUCCGUGGAGUGGAAUGCCAGCUGGGUGUCCAAGUCCCGCUUCAGCCCUUACAAUGUCACUGGAAAACUGGUGCUCAACGUGACCAAAGAUGUCAACAUCACUUGCUCCGUUGAAUACAGUGGCUUUGCCAAGUCCACCAGUUUGCUUCUGAAAAAAACAAACGACUGCGUUGUUCCUCCUGUGCCUCCACCUUAUAAUGUCAUUACUGCCUCAAUUAUCAUCGUUAUCACCUUCAUUCUGGCUCUCACCCUGGCAGUGAGAUACCUCCCAAGGCAUGUUUGUUCUCACUGUUGUAAGCACCAGGAUUCGGUGGAAGAGGAUGUGAAAGAAUAUACAAAGGCACCUAUGAGCUCUAAAGGGACCGGUGAAACAGCAUCUGUAUGACCAGAUCGCAUUUGCAGGUUCUUCACGCUGUGCAUGCCGCACUGCAGACUCCGCUGUUCGCUGUACAGCUGCACGGACCCUUUGGCUCUCUGCAAGGAGGAGCAGCAGGACAAGACUCUGCUCACCAGGGCUGACAACACAACCUCCCGUGAGGGAAUGCGCCCCCCGCCCACGCCACAGAAGCUCGCCGUGUGUGCGGCGGCCUCCCUACAACCGGGUCGCCGUGAUUCCAGCUGAGAGGGCGCUCCGUGUUCCUGCAGCGGGGCACAAGGAUGUCAUCAGCGGCACUCCAGCUCCUGACUUCAGGGGCCUCUGGCUCGCUGCUGCCUCUGUGAGGUUCAGGGGCCUGCAGAGCCCUGGCAGGGAGCCCAUGCCCACCCACCCCUUCAGUAACACGGAGCUGCCCUUUGGGACACCCCGAAACGCGACUGCCAUCUCGUCAGUUUGUGCCUCCAUGCUGCGAGUGGGAGCAGCUAAAACUUCUCUUAUAUUCAGCCUCACACAAGUAUCUGCUCUUCCUGCUGGAGGACUUCGGGUUUGGAUUUGACCAUUACAGACACACGUCCCUUCUCCCCUAAAGAGGCAAUAGGGGACACAUCAUUUUUCAUGAAAAAAAGACACCUUGGAAGCGAGUCUAUGUGCCUCAUGCUUAUUUGCAGCGCUACGAGACUUUUUAGGAAACGAUACACACUGACAGCACUCCUAAGAGCUAAUUAAUAUUGCUUAUCUACUGCAGUGGCACAAGUUCUCACAACCUUUCUCUCCUGAGAGGACAGCUUUGCCAACCCAAGCGCUGAGGGAGGCGCAGCUCCUCCACUCAGACGCUGUGUGAGGGCACACAGCCUGUGCACACACACACGGCCGAGCUUUCACGUGCGUUCCUUCCCACCCACACCUGCAGAGCCUCACUGGAACUUGUGUGACAGCCAGCGGUGAUCUUGUGUGAACCUACUGUGAUCAAAUCUAACCGGGGUCCUCGCUUCAUAAACAUGGGUCUGCUUCUGCGUGUACAUCUGCCAUGGGAUACGUGUUAGGGAAAGCUCUGCAGAUUUUUGGGAGUUUCUCACAGCGACACGAGGAUAUUCACUUUCUACAGCACGUUGCUUCUUUCUGCCAGUGUUCUCUCUACCCAGCCAGGACUAGCAGGAAUUUCCCUACAGGAUGCUAACGUUGGACAGGACUCAUCUGAUCUGGGUGACAUUCUUGCCUACUGUGUAGGAAAAAAAUGGUUUCUCAUUUUGAGGGGAAAGGAGGAAAAUGCCCAACCCCCAAUAAUCUUCCUAAGCAAUUCUGCCUACAAACCUAACUCAACCCUGCCCUGAGUUUGACUGGAAUGUUUUUUCCCUCUUGCUCUGCAAGCUGUACCCAUUCCCUCAUUGUUCUAUCCCCAUUAUCAGGGUGCACAAAGGUCUGAAAGCACAAUGCCAUCCUCUUUGUGGGAUGUGUUGUCACUUGAGCUGCUUAUCUUCCUAGGACACAGCAAAGACAUAGUCCAUCCAUUUCACUUUUUUUUCUAGUUGGUAUAUACUGAGAAACUGCUGGAGAAAAUAGGGGGAUUAAAUGUGGUUUAUAGGAUACUGAGCUCUGAGAUUAAGUAAGGAAUAAGACAAUGCUCCCUUUCUACUCCAGCAGAGUCACGCUGUGCCAUCACCUUUUUACUGCUUUCUCACUGCACCAAGUGUAAUGGGAACUUCAGAACAUUCUUACAGAGGGAGAUUUUGACAGAGAAAAGGAGGUAAGCUGGGGGAUAAGGAAGCAAUUGCACUUGUGUGUUCUGGUUGCAAACAGAACACAAGUGACAGAAAUCAGGCUGUUUCCAAAAGGCAGCCUGACCCUAUUGCAGGACUUGGCACAUGAGUGAAGUCUCUCAAGCUUUUCAGGUUUCCUGUUCUUCCAGCCUAUGCUUGUUCCAGCACAAACCACCAGCUUCUUGCAGGCUGACCAUCCUCUCUUGGUAUUCACUUCCAACUUGGCUGAUUUCCAGCACUAUAACCACACGGCAAUUGGACCUUGCCAGCCACACCACAGCUCUGCCAGUUGUACCAGCGUGUUUUCACUCUCACUAUCCCUCGUUCUCUCUGCUUCUGCUCCUGACCAGUGAUUGCACAGCCUCCCAGAAAAGGGUUUGCCUUUUGCACUGUGCCAAACCCUUCCACAUCACCAGACUCCCGUAACACUUCCGGUAACUCCUAAAGAAAACCAAAAAAUUUCACUGACAAAUAUGUCUGGCAUCUGGUUAUUUUUGUAUGCUUGAUGGGCAGGUUAUUUGGUUCAUUUUUUGUUAAGCACUAAUACUCAGGAUCAGGUUUUCUAUUGCCUUAUGCUGUAUUCAGUGAAUUGCAUACAAAUGGUUUCUGUGAGACCUUCUCAGCUUCAUAUCUGUGUCAUUGUAGCAAGUGAGCUGCUCUGUUUACCAUGCGUGUUUUGUAUAUAAUGUUGUUUCCUGGGGUUCCUCCUUUAAUUGUAUUAAAAAAUAAAUGGUAUUUAGUUUCCUUUCCUUAGUAAUAAAAGAUGUCUGUCUGUGC